UUCUCGUGACGCAAGAUAAGGGGAGGAUGAGGGUUCCCGCUGCCCUCACAGGCUGGGCUUGUGCAGCUCUCUGCCUGGCUUCCUGCUCAACUGCCUUUUCUCAUGGUGCCGGCUCAGUGGCCUGUCAGGACAUGCAGCCCAAGCACCUUCAAGCCCAGCCUCAGAACCCCGGCACACACCACAUCACCAUUCACACCAGCAGAUCUUCCUACUUACCGGGAGACAUCGUUCCAGUGACCGUGAGAAGCAGUCGGGAUUUCAUGGGAUUUCUACUACAGGCUCGAAGAGUCUCUGAUCAUCAAAUAGCUGGCACUUUUGUUUCCAUCCCUCCUCAUUCCAAACCGAUGGCUUGUUUUCAAGAGGCUGACACAGUCACCCACUCUGACAAGUCCCGGAAGAGAAACCUGGCCUUCGAGUGGCAGGCUCCUGCCCAGCCUGUGGGGGAUAUUAGAUUCCUUUUAUCAGUGGUCCAGUCGUAUUUCGUUUACUGGGAGAGGAUUGAAUCCCCUGUGAUGUCUCAACAGACACGCAGCAGAGCCCAUCGUGAUGGCCCCGUGCAGCCCAGCUCACCGAUGCCAACCCCUGGGUGGAGGCCAGAGGGAACGGAAGGAAUCGCCCCAGCUCCCAGUCCCCCCGCCACUCUUCCCCAGCGACGUGCAGACAUCUUUGCUGUUGCCCUAACUAGAGCUACAGAGGAGAACAGCUUAGAUUCUUCUCCUGCCAGUUUUUGGGUGAUGGAAUUUCCUGGGGGCACAGAGACUCUGUUGCAAUCAUCUUCACACACAGCUACUGCAAUCAGCAAUGGCCAGCAACCCAGAGGGGACAGCAGCCCAACCCUAGAACCAUCCUUGGAUGUCCGUGGGCUGGAGAGACUCAUGGCUCCUGGGAGAUUCUCCUCAGAGGGCAUUGCUUCCAGCCCUAGCACCUACUUCAGGACUCAGGAUGAUCCAAGCUUUGGUUCAUUGGAAACUUGCCUGCCCUCGGAUAGGGAUGAACAGGACAAGAUGGAAUCCUCUAAUAGGACUGUGAUGAGGUCCCGUCUGCCCACUGUCCAUCUUACCUAUCCUCGGCAUUUCUGGUCCUCUGAAGCAUUCACUGGGAGUGAGGCUAGGGCAGCCACCUCAACCCCUGUCUUCCACACUUCUGCCACUUCUAGGCCACCUGCUGCAGGCAGCCAGUCAGAGGCAUCUAGGCCUUCUGCCAGCUUCUUACCUCAGUCGAAGUACAAGGAGCCCAGAGUGGGGGAGGGAAAUGGAAGGGGCAGAGGGGGAUACCCCAGGAAGCCCAACCCAAGGCCUGAGGUUGAGCAAGAGGGACACGGUGCCCCUUCGGGGCUCCAGCUCAGGACUUCCCAGCUGGGAAUCCUGCUUUGCCUUUCAGCCACCUUGGGCAUGGCCCUGGCUGCUGGCCUUCGCUACCUGCAUGCCCAAUAUUGCCACACUCAGACGGAAGUAUCCUUCAGUGAGCCUGCUGGGGAUGCUAUUACCAGCAGCGACGGAGGCGAGACUGUGCAUGUCAGGAAGAUCGGGGAGAACAGUUUUGUUUCAGUUGAAGUGGAAUACAACUGGAUCACUUCCUCUGUGGGUAGUGAGAGAACAGUCCUCUGAGAAGAUCGUGGUACUAGGCAGGCCUCUGGGUGGCUGUCCCUAGACCCUGCGGUGUCUCAGCCAGAACAGAGCUAAUGAGAAUAGCUGAUGAGGACAGGGGCUCCCUGUGCCCCCAUCAGUGAGCAGUUAGCGGAGGAAGCUGUGAGCAGACCGUUUUAUCAACAGAGGGAGUUCUGCCCGAGCUUUGUUGUCUUAACAUCUGUAAUUUAGCUGCUUUUUUUUUUCUUUUCACAAUUAGACGUUCUGUUUGAAGAGUUAAACUCCACACAAUGAAUAUUGUAUAACCUGCUCAUUAACUAGACUCCUGUGGCCGCCAAGCUUCCUCUGUUGCCUUAAGGAACCUGCAGAAAUAGAAAUUCUGUCCCUCCUCAGUAUGUCAGCCUCAUCCCUUCCAACUCUUUGAAAAAAAAAAAAAAAAGGUAAUGUUGGGGUUGUGUCUCUUGCAAGAAAAAGAACCGUGGCCCUCACUCUGCCUCUCCAAACCACCCCAGAAGAAGUUUCAUUUUCAACACUGGCUCUGCUUCGGUUGACUUGGUGAG